AUAUUUGUUAUUAUAGGAAUUGUCGUUCCAGCACGUGUGUUGAUUUUUUAUAUUUAUAAAGCAAAAUGGACGAGACAGAAAUAAUGGAAAUAGAUAAUAUGGAGUGCGACGUAUGCGGCGAGCGCACGUUCCAGGAACGCGAAGGCUACUACUACUGCAUCGAAUGCGGCACCAAGAAGGAACAACUGCGCGCUGUAGAAAUCAGCGCCGAGGAUACAUUCAACGACACUUCAAAGCACGCUUCGCAACGCACCAUAAAGAAGCCGAAAGUUGAGGAAGAAGAAAACGAUAUAACAUCCUGGGAGUUUUACAAUUAUGUGCUGCGCGGCUUUUUGGAGGAGCUGCUGAACAUGGGCGCCAAGCCAGAGCUUAAGCUAAUGACGCUGCAGGUAUGGGCUGCCUACAUGGGACGCAUGGAGGUGGCCUUCAGCAAGAACAACGAGCUAGGUUUGCCAAAGUUGAAUGUGCGCGCCUUGGCCAGAGAUGCCCGCAUCAUUUAUAAUUACAAGAAGACAAAGCGAAAGCGUGAACGCCAGGAUAAACAAUUACAAAAUCAAGGGGAUGAGCGCGCCAACUGGCGUGAAUGGAGAAAGACCAAGCGCAAAUUGGACGAGUCGGGCUAUAACGGCAAGAAGGGCGCCCAAUCUGAAUCCACGUUGCGAACCAACCAAAAUCUCCAACUACAAUGGUCCAGCAAUGCGCGCAAAUCCCUGAAAAAGCAAAUGCCACUUAAGCAUCUGGAUAAACACAGCGCGGACAGUUCGGGCAGUAUGCAAUGUCAUGGCCUACGCCCCAAAGCGAAGGUCUUAUGCAAUUUUGAUCGCCAUAUUUACUGUCUAAACAUAAGCAAACUGUAUAUUGUGCUGGCCAUAGCGCUUAACCAAGUCGAGGACGAUAUCCAGUUGACGGAUCUAUUACGAUUAAUUGAUGAGGAGCAUCUGACUAGUCGCUAUAUGCUGAGCUAUUUGCCUGACAAUGUAGCCAUGCAUGGCAAGACGCUGAUCAAGCAGAUGGAAUUUAGUCAUCAAAGGGAUAAAAUUCGAUAUAAGUUCAUGCGGUUGCAGAUCUCUAACAUGUCCCGCUUCAUUAAUCUGAAUGGAUUCCAAAAACCAGAUCUGAAAGCACUCACAAAGCGCUAUGUACUAGAACUGAGUUUGCCGCCGCUAAUAGCAAGCUACGUCGGCAGUUUAAUGGAUGUGCUGCCACCUACCUUUGAUCCCAUUUACGGACCACAUGUAUAUCCCCGCUAUGAGGCUCGUGUCAUGGCCUACAUCAUAUACGUCUUAAAGCUAUUGUUUGGCCUGGAUGAUGUUAAGGAGCGCGCUAUAUCAGAAUCUGCCAUACUCAUUAAUAAACAGCUUCAACAGCAGACAGAGGAGCACCUGCAGUCGGUGUCGCCGCUUUUUGUCUAUACCGAAUGGAUGGAGUUUGUGGAGUUACGUAAAAUUUUGGUUUCUCACUAUAGCGAAAGCUUUGCACAGCGUUUUGGUACGGCUACUCAGAGUGGGCGCAAGAUUGACGACUUUCUGAAGAAGGAGAAAAAACAGAAGGAGCAUGAAUAUAACUACAACGAGAUGUUGAUGACACCGGCCAUGCAGCGCGUGAACGAGAACAUUUGUCACAUUUUUGAGACACUGCUGAAAGAAAAAUUCGGCGAGUCCGGUGCCGAGAGUGCAACGAAGGAUCACAUAGAAUUUCAGCCUAGCCUAACUCCGGCCCAUAGCUAUUUUAAGCGCAUUCUCCUCCACGCCAGCCAAGCGCAGCAGCGCGAGAUGAGUGUACAGAUUCCGGACUUUAUGAAAGUAGAUCACACAGAGCGCCAACUCGCGCCGUUUAAAAAUCAAACCACAGAGUUGGCUCAGCAGUUAGCCGUGCGUGGCAAAACCCUUCGCGUAGAGGAGUUGGCAUGCCAGGAGGAUUACGUGGAGACUGGCAUUUUUCAGACGCUGCCACGACAACCAAAUCGACAGAAGGAAUGGCGCGCUAAUUGUGACAUAGAUACACAGACCUGGAUUGACGAGCUACGGCGGCGGGAAAAGCGACCCGGCUUUGUAUUUCGUCAACCUGUUGCAUCUUAUGGUCGGCAAUAUGCAAAUAAAAUGAGAGAGCGCUCCGAACGCCGCGAAGCCUUAGAGACUGACAAUCCGUUUUGGAAAAUACGCGACACUCCCACUUAUGUACUAACUCUGAACAAUGAGGAGGUGUCGCUAAACAAUUUGGCAGCCAUACAAACAUUCGAUGAGCGCAACAUGGAUCCGUUGCGUGUGCCGCUAAAGAUGCCUCGUCGCCAAAUGCGACCAUUUUCAGAGGAAAUAGAAGCGUCAGCUCAGCCUAAGCCCGAAAGCAGUGAUGCAAAUCAAAUUAAAGACGGCGCAGAGCAACAGCAGCUGGAUGAGCUUUUGUUAAAAAUUUCCAAUUUCGAUUGCUGGCUGCUCCACGGAUAUAUAACAAGGAUUAGUGACACGAGUAAGCAGAAACUGCGUACGAUCUUCCCCUGUUCGUUUCGUUGGCUGCUGGAAACAUGCGCUGCCACCAUCGGCAUCGAUUGGGAUGUGCUAUACGAGCAGCUGUUGGUACUUGAGGUGAUGUUCCAUCAUGGCAUCGAGGACUGGACAACUCAUAGCAAUCAUUUGCGUCUCAAAUACAAUAUACUAAAUAAGGAUAUUAAUUUGUUAACCAAAAGUUUUAGAGAUAUGUGGUAAAAAUCUUCUGUUGCACGACUUCCUUCCUAAUUGCUUUCUUAUUUAAGCAGCGUUUAUUUUAUCAUUUAAUGGCUGAUACUAGAGUAAACAUGGCACAUAAACGCGCAACAGCAAUAUGCAAAUUAGCGUUUAUCAGAAGAACACCGAGACGGCGACAGCACCAACAACAAUAAAAUAACAAUAAUAAUAACAUCAGUUACUCACUCGCACAA